AUGCCUUGUAAGACAGAGGGAAAGCAGCCCUCGGCCCCACCUUACACACAGACCUUUGAAUGUUGCUUUGCAGAAGACUAUGAAAUUAUGAUUUCUGGAAAAGGAUUUAAUAAUGCAAUAAACAAGGAGGAAGUUAUUUGUAGGUUCCGCUUCAGCGAUGAUAAAUUCUUCGAUAAAAAAGCCACCACUGUGGAUGAUAACACCAUAACAUGCUCAGGAGUAAUGAUACAAAAACCAGACCAGUUGGUCCAUGUGGAAGUUAGCCUGAAUAAUGCCAUCAGCUUCAUCAGGAGUGAUGCUAACAUCACCAGCGACAACUGUAUGAGUGCCAGGGUAAGGUG